AUGAGCAUCUCAAAGAACGAACACAUUGCGAUUGUCGGUGGCGGGGCUUUUGGGCUGUCGACUGCUUUCGAGCUGUCGCAGCAGGGCUAUACAGACAUUACGGUCUUUGAAAAGGAUGGAGAGAUUCCUUCAAGAUGGUCGGCCGCAAACGAUCUGAACAAGAUCAUGCGCGCUGAGUACGAAGACCCAUGGUACACAGAACUCGGUGUCGAAGCCGCAAAGAAAUGGCAAACAGCCCUUUACGCACCCUACUUCCAUCGAGUCGGCUAUCUCAACUGUGUGUCCGGCGCUGGCACACAAAAAGCCAUCAACUCAAUGAAUUCAUUCAAAGCUGCAGGCGAGGCACAUCCAGAUAUCAAACCCUGGGUCUCUAGUGUAUCGACCCGCCAGGAGCUUCAAGAUAUUUGCUGGCAAUUUAACCAGGGCGAGAUGCCAGGGUGGAAGGGCUACUUCAACCGUUACGACGGCUACGUCCACUCUGCUAACGCUCUCCGUGGUAUUUACCGUGCUGCAAGAUCGAACGGUGUACGAUUCUUCCUCGGCGAGAAGAGGGGAGCCAUCCAGGAGAUCGUCUACCAGGGCAGUGGCGCGAACGGGAAGAGCGUCGGCGUCAAGACCAAAGAUGGACAGUUCCACGCUGCCUCGCUCGUCAUCGUCGCCACUGGUGCGGCAGCCUCAAAGAUCGUUCCAGAAAUUGGCGCUCGCGUCUCUGCGAAGUCAUGGUCCGUUGCACACAUCCGUCUUACAGACGAAGAGACCGCAGCGCUGCGCGGUAUUCCCGUCACAUAUGCGCGCGAUCUUGGAUUCUUCUUCGAGCCUGACCCGAAGACCAACCUCCUCAAGCUCUGCCCCAUGGGCGGUGGUUUUAUCAAUACCAACCCCGCGACUGGUGUCUCUGAAGCACCCGAGGAUGUCCAGCGCUUUGUACCUCCCGAGGAUGAGCGCAAGAUGCGCGAACUCCUCCGCCAAACUCUGCCUUACCUUGCCGAUCGGCCACUUGUCGAGAAAACAUUAUGUUGGUUUGCUGACACCAACGAUUCUGAAUUCAUCAUUGACUAUCUACCCAAGACUGGCGGGUCAGUCAUAGUCCUGUCUGGUGACUCUGGUCACGGUUUCAAGAUGUUCCCAAUUGUCGGUUCGUGGGUGAACAACCUUCUCAAUGCUCCCGAGGGCAAGCAAAAAGAAAAGAGGUGGCAGUGGAGGACAAACCAGCCUAACGAUGGUACUGCGAGACAAGACGAUGUGAGUUGGCGCGUUGGUGACGUCCAAGAGCUGAGGGACAUUACACCGAAUGUUUCAAAAUUUUAA